CCUCGGUGCUGGAAAUUGAGGAAGGUCUCUAUGUCAUGAAUUGUAAAGUGAUAUGUUCCUGUCAUCUACCCCGGGAACAUUCCAGACUUAGGAUCACAAUUUCCAUAGAAAUAAUGGAGUCCUGGCAGGUCCAGCUGAGGAAAACCGAGACCACCGGUGAUUUCGAGAAAAACGGGAACGCUGAAGAGGCGUCCUCGGACGAGUCGUCCUUUUCCGAGGACUAUUGGGAAGCCAGCUCCGAGUACAGCACCAGCUUCGGCAGUUGUGAUGACUCCGAAAUCUCCUGGACCUCGGACGAUGACGAUGACAGUCUCACGUCCCUUGACUCCACCAGCGAUUGCUGCAGCGAAACUGGCAGCGAAACUGGCAGCGAAACUGGCAGCGAAACCGACAGCGAAACCGGGGUCGAAACUGGCAGCGAAACUGAUAGCGAAACUGGCAGCGAAACUGGCAGCGAAAUCCUGUGCUCGACGUGUCUCAUAAACGGAAAAAAGGAACUACCACAAGCUCCAACUGCUAUCUAAUUUUAAUUAUUUAUCAUUAUUUAUUAUUAUUUAUUGUACGCGAAUUUCCACGUUACUUUGUGUGUCCGUCCCUUAUCAUACGACUCUUUGUAGUUGAUUGUGGGAAUAAAGAGAAAAACAUCCCCUA